AUGUCACCCUUGAAUGAACCUACUACUCCGACUACAGCAGGGCCUAAAAUGGACGCACAAGUUCCAGGUGAUGGAGUGGAAGCCUUCCCAGGCAUGCAUACAGAACGGGCUGAAAUGGAAGCAACAGUUUGUGGUGGAGUGGAAGCCUUUCCAGCCAUGCAUAUAGAAGGGGCUGAAAGGGAAGCGGAAGUCCUUACUGAUGGAGUGGAAGCCUUCCCAGCCAUGGAAGUCGAAGCUGCUGAAAUUGACACUUCAGUUGGUGACAAACAAGUGCACCAACAACCUCACAAGGUUCCUACUUCUGAAGAUGUGAAGGUUCCUAGUCUUGAAGAUCCCCUCCUUCCUACUCCGGAAGAUAGGGAUGGGUAUAGAGUUAUUUAUAAAACAAUGUUACAUUUGUUAGAGGAUUGGAAUAAGACAGAAAUUCAGGGGGUGGGACGCAAGGCGAGGCCUCCCAUGGAAACUAGUAUAAAUCUGGUUGGUGAUGAAGGGGAUAAAGAGGCUAUUGCCACGGUUCAUAAACCAGAUGCGGAAGGCAAAGGAUGCAGACUGAAGCGGCCCACAAAAACAUUGUUGAGUCCAUUCACUGAUCCCUCCAGGAAAAAUAGGCCGGCUACUAGUUUUCAUGCACAGACACCUGAGGCCCGUUUUGAUCCAACAAAACCUGUGGCCAUGGACGAUGUGAAGGCUAUGAUACAAGUUUGCAAGGCUUGGAAAAGUGACAUCAAUGCGGAGCUGGAGCUCGAACCAUUUGUAGUUGGGGCAGAUUUUUUUUACAAACUUGUAGAUGAAACUGCAUGGAUGAGCUCGAGGCACCUUGACAUGCCCAUGUUUCUAAUACUCAAAAGACAACUCUCUCAUCCUCAAGUAUUUGGAACGGAGUGGACAACUGCCGAGUUUUGUCUCAAUUUUUACAGCCAUUUACACCGCCAAUUGCGAAAUGAGUUACGAGGAAACAAAUUGCUUCAAGGAUUGUUGACCCUCCGCCUAACUACCUCAGAAAUGUACACCACUUUGUCUGCGAUUCAUGGCAACAUGGUUAUGCGCAAGCAUGGACGAAAGUGCGCAAGAAUGCUUGUCCGACAUAUGGAGCCUAUUACCCAUAUGCUUGCAAAGGUGUUGUAUGACAUGAGGUUUUAUGAGAAAUCGGAGGUUGAAGCGGUGAAGAGAAAGGGGAUUGACAUGUCAAUGUUUAACCCAUUCACAAUUUGCAGAAUUUCCGAUGUUCCUCAGCAAAGUGAUGGUAUGUGCACUUCUAACUUCUAUACUGCUCGGGUGGACAGUACCUCAUGUGGCAUUAUGACCGUCAAAUAUAUUGAGUAUCUCAGUGCUGGCAUUCCUUGUAAUACCAUUGACCCAUCCAAGUUUGGCUACUACCGAUUGAAGCUUGCAAUCGAGGUUUUCAGGGGAGAGGCCUAUGUAUGA